UAGUGUAUUGCACUUGCAUUGCGUUUACAUCCCUGUUAACUAUUAAUUUUUAAAUGACAACAAAGCAAUAGCGUAUAUAUAUAUACCAUAUACAUAUAUGCUCACUUAUAAGCUAUCUAUGGAUCAGACAAGGGAAAGCGAAAAUAAUGUCAAUGUUUAAAGCGCGUGUGAAGGAAUUCGAGGAUUUAUUCGCCCAGGAUGUGAUCGAUCUUAAGCAGUUGCGUCGCCACACAUUCAAUGGUGUGCCAGAUGUACACAGCUUUCGGGCGAUCAGCUGGAAGAUGUUGUUGGGCUAUCUGGGCUCCAAGCGCAGCAGCUGGCCUGCCACAUUAGCCAAGAAGCGUGCACUCUACAAUCAAUUCAUUGUAGAGCUUGUACUGCCGCCGGGACACACACAAAAUGGCGACGGCAACGAUGAUGGUGAUGGCGAUAAUGAAUCAAGGGGCGUUGGCCUGCAAGAUCAUCCGCUGAGCGAGGGACCAGAGAGUGCGUGGAAUACGUUCUUCAGUGACAAUGAAUUUCUGCUGCAAAUCGACAAAGACGUGAGACGUUUGUGCCCAGACAUAUCAUUCUUUCAACAGCCCACAGAGUAUCCCUGUGAAAUUGUGGUGCACAGCAAAGGGGAGCAUGGUCGAAGACUGCACGAGCGAGUGGUACCCUCGGUGCUCAGCUCGGCAAAUGUUGAGCGCAAGGGUCUCGGCAUGACCAAGAUCAACUUGAUCACCAAACGCUCGGCGGAGAACUAUGCCGCCAUGGAGGAGGGUCAGGAAGCACAUUGGGAAGUUGUCCAGCGAAUACUGUUCAUCUACGCCAAGCUCAAUCCUGGCCAGGGUUAUGUACAGGGAAUGAACGAGAUAGUGGGACCCAUUUACUAUGUAAUGGCAUCUGAUCCUGAUCUCGAGAAUCGCACAUAUGCCGAAGCGGACUGCUUUUUUUGCUUCACUGCCCUAAUGAGUGAGAUACGCGACUUUUUUAUCAAAACACUGGACGAUUCUGAAGGCGGCAUAAAGUGCAUGAUGUCCAAGCUAUCAAAUAUGUUAAAAGCAAAGGAUAUUGGAAUAUACGAUCACCUCAAAAGCCAAGAGUUGCAUCCGCAAUACUACAGCUUUCGAUGGAUCAAUCUCCUGCUUUCACAGGAAUUUCCACUGCCCGAUGUGCUGCGUAUUUGGGAUUCUGUGUUCUCAGAUGAGCAUCGGUUUGAUUUUCUCAUUAAAAUUUGCUGCUCAAUGAUAUUAAUUCAAAGGGAAGCCAUCCUGGAGAAUGACUUUGCUUCGAAUGUAAAGCUGCUUCAGAACUAUCCUCCAAUUGAUAUUAAUGUUGUACUGACCCACGCAGUCUCACUGGCGUAGCAUCUUCUGUUGAACGAAUUUAAGCCUCCGCUUGCCACGUGAGAUUUCUACAGUCUGAUGAGCAAUCCGUAAAGCAAUCAAAUGACGCCAAAUCGAAAAAAACGCACUUACUGUAAACUCUUAUAAACUAUUCUAUAUUUAUACAUACAUAUGCUUUUGAUAACUUUUAAUUUUACAAAUGUUUUUCGUCAAUAAACCAAUGAAUUUUUAACGUAUACGUAUCAGUUAUCUAGGUCAUAAAAUCAUGUCAACUUAAAUUAAAUCUUGUGCACAAUAAGUAGCAUCGUCCUAACAGAA